UAAAAUUCAAUCAACCAAAAAAGGAAAUUGCCAACUUUUUUUUAUUGUAAUUUAAAAGGCUUCGAUUUCACUCACUCCCUCGAUGACUGUUCAUGAAAAGGCGUGAAAAGAACUGAGAUCGUGUCUAUAUCUUAUAAGUCCACGAUAUUGCAUUGCAUCCUCCCAUUUCUUUUUCAUUCUUCAACAACUUUUUGUGUAUUCUCAUUGGUAAUUUCUCUUCUUCAGGCGGAUUUCUCCUUAGGCGGUUCUAUUUGUAUUUUUUAUUGAAGUGUUCUUGAGUUUUGUGGGUACCUGGAAAUGGAGAAUGGUGAUGAGUUCAAUCAGAUUUCUGAUGCUAAAUAUGAAUGUCUUCUCUUUGAUCUAGAUGACACUCUUUAUCCUUUUAACUCUGGUUUGGCAAAGGAAAUCACCAAGAACAUUCAAGAAUAUAUGAUUGAGAAGUUAGGAAUGGAAGAGAACGUGCCUGAAUUGUGCAUUUCCUUGUACAAGAUUUAUGGGACAACAAUGGCUGGUCUUAGAGCUAUUGGGUAUAACUUCGAUUACGAUGAUUUCCAUAGUUUUGUUCAUGGAAGAUUGCCAUAUGAUAUGCUCAAGCCUGACCCGUUAUUGAGAAACCUACUUCACAGCUUACCAAUUCGAAAAUUUAUAUUCACAAAUGGUGAUAUGGCCCAUGCAAACAGAGCGCUGAAGAGACUAGGAUUAGAGGACUGCUUUGAAGGGAUUUUAUGCUUUGAGACUUUGAAUCCUGAUAAGGGAACGGUUGAUGAGGAAGAAGGGUCUGUAAUUUUUGACAUCAAUCAGUACAUGAGCAAUCCAAAUUCUGAUCUUGAUCUACCGAAGACGCCGGUUGUCUGCAAACCAUUCGAAGAGGCAUAUAAGCAAGUUUUCGAGAUAGCCAAUAUCAACCCGAAAAAAACUUUGUUCUUUGAUGAUAGUGUUCGAAAUCUACAAACGGGGAAGUUGGUGGGCCUUCACACAGUGCUUGUUGGAAAUUCGCAACGAAUCAAGGGGGUGGAUCACGCUUUUGAGAGCAUCCAUAAUAUCAAGGAAGGAUUGCCUGAGCUAUGGGAAGACAUGGAGAAGCUCAAGAGCGUCACAUACUCCAGAAAGGAGGUAGCUAUCGAGACUUCAGUUAGAGCAUAAUUAUUAAUUAGUAUUUAUGAUCUUACUUACAAGUGGACAGUGCAAAAACUGUUGGCAAUUGCUGCAAUGAAUGCAAAAUAUGAGAACUUGUUAAUAGAACAAUAAUUAUUGGCUCAUGAUAAGAGUGAAAAUUUGUCUCCUUUUAGAUUUCUGUUGAUCA